AUGCCAGAGAGUUCAGAAAUUAAUAUUCCAGUUGGGUUUAGAUUCAACCCAACUGAAAAGGAGCUUGUUUGUGAUUAUUUAGCCAAGAAGGUUUGGAGUUGUUCAGGCAACCCUAAUUAUAUUUAUAAGCAGUUCUCUUCAACGGCGGUGAUUGAGUGUAGUGAAGUAUACAACAAGCAUCCAUGGCUUCUUAUGGUUUCUACUGAAGGUGCUGCUUAUAGAAUGGAGAGAGAUGGAGCUGUUUACUUUUUUGUUCGAAUGACGAAAAAGAACGCAAAUGGUUGGAGACCUAAUCGGAGGAUUAAUGGUGAUAUGGGUUUUUGGAAAUCAACUUCUUCGGGGAAACCAGUGGUGGAUAAGCAUGGAAAUGUGUUAGGUAUGAAGAAAAGUCUUGUUUAUUAUGUCCUCAAGGAAGGUGCUGAUGAUGAGGAUAAGAAAACCUGCAGUUCCCAUCAAAAUGGCGGGUCUAAAACAAGUUGGAUAAUGCAUGAAUAG